AUGUUUCCUACUGCUGCGCCGUCGAUUUAUCAGUCGCCAAAAUGUUUUGUUUCAUACGGCACUAUGGGUUACCUUGACAUCAAGCAAGCUCCUCGCAAGGGCAAGCCUUGGACUGCAGUUAUGUCGUUGGAUUUCAUCCAUAAGGUCGACCUAAUUCUACCUUCAGAGGCCUACGAUGCUGCAUGUCAGCAGUUGAGCAACGCUCAAAAUGCGCCUCGCUACUCCAAGGUAGCAAUGUCACUUGGAGAUAUUCUACAGGGCGACUUUUUUAAUGAGUAUAUUAAAAAGGGCAAGCAAUUUACCCUGUUCUUCAGUGCAUUGACCAUGUUCGUGGAUAAGGAGACAUAUGAACGUGCAGGACUUGUUGGUAAACCAUAUGGUGCAAAGGGUGGACGAGGGUCAAAACCACGUUGGGUGGUAACAUACAACCUUAGAGAUCCAUCCAUGCUUCGAGGACACAAGGGCUACGACAGACUGAUCUACGCCUUACAACCCAAAGCAAGCAUAAUCAAGCUCUUUAAACCCAUAUUUCGAUCUCAUACUAAUGCUUUCCAAGUCCCGAGUCCUGAUCCCCUACAAAAGUUCUCUCCUACAACCUGUACAUCAACAUCCAACAUAUCGCAGGAUAUCGCUGUUCUUCAACCAAGUCUCGAUGUCGACCCAGAGAUUCUCUCUGAAAAUGAUCGCGAGUCUCUGGAAUAUUUCGUCACAGAAGUUUACGAGUGGUUCUCACUCAUUCGCCUUGGUAGCUCGCGUGUGGAGCCUCGUGACAGCAUCGACCCCUAUCUGUCGAGAUAUUCUGUGCCAGGCGACGAUCCCGAGGAAUCCAAGGUGUGCAAGUUGAGUUGGGAGGGCUUCAUGUCAGCACAGUGGCUUCGUGGUUUGCUCAUGGAUGUGCUAGUUGCUUGCCCUUCGAGAACAUGGUUUUCCCUCAGUGCUACAAGCUUUUCAAGAAGUGUAUCUGGCAACAGUGAUGACCUCACUAUCCUGAGACCACCUAGCGCGGCCGGAAGGUAUCUCAUGUGGGAAACAAAGUCGUCGGAUUGA